GCCCGGGCUCCUGGUACCGGACGGACGGAAGCCGUCUGCCCGCCAGCUUGUAGACUCUCUUAAGCUCCCUCUGCCCACCAUGAGCUGGCCACAUCUCUCACUCAGUUUGUUGCUAUUCCUGCAAACUGUGUCUCCUGCUCCAGGGACCCCUGCUGCAGUGAACCCUUGCUGCUACUUCCCAUGUCAACAUAAAGGUGUCUGUGUGCGCUUUGGCCUAGACCGCUACCAGUGUGAUUGCACACGAACUGGCUACUAUGGUCCCAACUGCACCACCCCGGAGCUAUGGACUAGAAUCCGGGAAGCCCUGCGCCCCAGCCCUUCCUUCUACCACUUCAUCCUGACCCAUGGUCGCUGGAUCUGGAACAUUGUCAACUCUACCUUCUUACGAGAUGUUCUCAUGAGGCUUGUGCUUACAGUUCGAGCAAACCUGAUUCCCAGCCCACCUACCUACAACUCGGAACAUGGCUACAUCAGCUGGGAGUCCUAUUCCAAUUUGAGCUUCUAUACUCGGGUACUAGCUCCUGUACCUGAAGAUUGUCCCACCCCCAUGGGGGUCAAAGGGAAGAAACAGCUGCCAGACCCACAGUUGCUGGCCCAGCGCUUCCUGAUGCGGAAUGAGUUUGUGCCAGACCCUCUUGGGACCAAUCUUAUGUUUGCCUUCUUUGCUCAGCACUUCACCCAUCAAUUCUUCAAGACAUCUGGCAAGAUGGGUCCUGGCUUCACCAAAGCCCUGGGCCAUGGGGUGGACCUUGGCCACAUUUAUGGAGACAACCUGGAGCGCCAGCACCAACUCCGCCUCUUUAAGGAUGGGAAGCUCAAGUUUCAGAUGUUAGAUGGAGAGAUGUAUCCGCCAUCAGUGGCUGAGACUCAAGCAUACAUGAAGUACCCUGCGAAUGUGCCUGAAUCUCACCAGAUGGCUGUGGGCCAGGAGGUAUUUGGCCUGCUUCCAGGCCUCAUGAUGUAUGCUACAAUCUGGCUUCGGGAACACAAUCGUGUCUGCGACCUCUUGAGAGCUGAGCACCCCACCUGGAAUGAUGAGCAGCUCUUUCAGACAACCCGACUCAUCCUCAUAGGGGAAACCAUCAAGAUUGUCAUUGAGGACUAUGUGCAGCACCUCAGUGGCUACUUCUUGAAGCUGAAGUUUGACCCAGAACUGCUUUUUGGAGUCCAGUUUCAGUAUCAAAACCACAUCGCCAUGGAGUUUAACCAUCUCUACCACUGGCACCCUCUCAUGCCUGACUCCUUUGUGGUGGGACAACAGGAAUACAGUUAUAAGCAGUUUUUGUUCAACACCUCCAUGCUUUUGGACUAUGGUGUGGAAGCCUUGGUGGACGCCUUCUCCCGACAGAGGGCAGGCCAGAUUGGUGGGGUCAAAAACAUCAACCACCAUGUGUUACAUGUGGCUGUGGAUACCAUUAAGGAGUCGCGGGAGUUGAGGAUACAGUCUUUCAAUGAAUAUCGCAAACGGUUUGGUUUGAAACCCUACACCUCCUUCCAGGAGCUCACAGGAGAGACGCAGAAUUCGGCAGAGCUGGAGGAGCUGUAUGGAGACAUUGAUGCCUUGGAGUUCUACCCAGGCUUACUUAUAGAGAAAUCGCUGCCCAAUUCUAUCUUUGGGGAGAGCAUGGUGGAGAUUGGGGCUCCCUUCUCCCUCAAGGGGCUCUUGGGGAACCCCAUAUGUUCUCCUGAGUACUGGAAGCCAAGCACAUUUGGUGGUGAGACUGGCUUCAACAUUGUCAAGAAAGCCACCUUGCAGAAACUGAUUUGUCUCAAUGUCAAAAAAUGUCCCUAUGUCUCAUUCCGUGUGCCUGACCCAGACCAAGCAGACAAGCAGAAGGUGAAAAGGCCAUCUACUGAGCUGUGAGAGAAGCAUUGGCAUUCCAGAAGGCUGUCUGUGGUUCCUGCUUUGUGAUCUGGAAUUUGGGUUCUUGGUUUCAUGUUCCAGGGUAUUGGGUCCUUAGUUAGUUGUCCCAAAUGUUGUGGAGCACUGCACUCUUAGGUAGCAUUCCAGAGUGUUGGCUUUAUUGGUUAGUCCUCUAGAGCUUUGGUUUCUGAUAGAUAUUCCUGAAUAUUGACCGGCUUUCUGGAACCCCCAGAUCCUAAUUUGUUUCUCUAAAGCACUGAUUUCCUCUGUACUCUCCAAACAAGUCACUAAGAGAACUUUACUCUCCUAGGGAAGGACUCUUCCAUGAGCUCAGGGCACAGGGAAAUGCCAUUAGCCUCAGAUGUGGGGUGGGGUUGCUGGAGAAAGUGGGCAAAGUGGGAUCUCUUCAUGGCCUUCAGGUCCAGCCUAGUGUGUUUGCAUUAUGAAUUUCUGGGGGAUUGUUGGUGAUAAUGAUCAUGGAUGGGCAGAGGGAAUAGUUAACCUGAACUUCCCUGAUAGUAACCCCUCUUCCCUGGCCCUAGAUUUCCUAAGGCCCUGGGUCCUCAGCUGAAGCUAAUAAAAUUAUCUUUUCAAAGUGGCUUCCUGCUUGUCCCCUGCUGACUUGGAGCUACAGCUCCUCCACUGCCUUUUUGACCCUAGAAACAGGUGUAGACAUAUCACCAUGUACCUUGCCAUGUGCUAUUUUCCUUCUAUCACUUUUCCUUAUGAUGUGAGGUGAAUGGUAUUUUACCUCAUAGUGACCAUAGUGCUUUAAAUACCAUUAUGGCUCAAUUCCUUUUCCUAGUAGUUUUUUAAAUUUAAGUUUUAU